GCUGAGGACGACCAUCCAUAUCCAGCGAUUUGGAAUUCAUAUCCCUUACGACCACCAUACGCAAAUAACGCAAUAGUCAUGUCCGGUCAUGCCUCCCCGCCGCAGGGAGACCCCGGCAACGCUAGGAACUCCGACGCAGCGGCUCUGGAUUAUGCGCUUCCCUUUCUUGAGGCCGCGCGACAUCUCAUGCAGCAUCUUGACCCCGUUGAAGUCAGAACACAGGCUACCGGCGUGAUGAUUCCCGGCUGCAGCUCUGCGAAGCUGCAAAACGUCAUAAACUUCUUGUUGUCGUUCCUGAAACACCCAGGAGCCCAACUCGCGGCCCUGCACGAGAGAUAUGUGUACCAUCCCCCUGGCGCCGGUGCACGUGCCUUUGGCGACGAUGCCAUCGUGUCGCUUCUGCGCCAGAUGGUGCAUGACGAGUACCUGGCCUAUGAGAAUUCCGCCCAGGUUGCAUUACAACAGCGGGCUCAAUACCCCCCCUUGGCCCCCGCCCCUAGCGCCAGGCCCAUUAUCGUCCACGUCGAAAUACAGCCCGACAGGUUGCUGCACUGCGGCGGACUCGUCGUCCUAUGCUUCGCUUUCGCAGUCGCCCACGCUAUACACCGCCAUGCGCAACGGCUUCAUUGGUUCACUCUGGUAUCCGUCGAGUUAGAUAUCAUCGACAGAUUCGACACCGCAGUCGGGGAUCAACAGAAGUUACAGAAUCGCCUCGACCACAGUAAACUCGUCGAGUUCCUCUCGGCCCGGUCCGGCAUCGCCUAG